UUUUUUUUAUGGGUUUAAAUAAUUUCAAAGUGAAAUUAUGACCUCAAACGGUUUGGUUUGCUUUCUGCUUCCAGAUCGCUUUUUGUGAACCGGUGGCGUUGGAGAACUUGAAUGAAUGGAACAGGGCAGAUGGGAAGUUUGUGUUUCAUGCUCUCGGCUGACCGCAAGACACCAACGACGCCGUGUCUUUGAAGUGACCUGGAAUCACUGGAGCUGUGUGUCCUGAGGGGCUCUGAGGACCUCUGAAGCAGCGAGGGCGCGAUGAUGGAUAACCGUUUUGCUACGGCGCUAGUGAUUGCUUGCGUGCUCAGCCUCAUCUCCACCAUCUAUAUGGCAGCUUCCAUCGGCACUGACUUUUGGUACGAAUACCACACCCUGUCCCCAGCUGAGAAUGUUAGUGAAGCUGGUAGGAGCAUCUGGGAGGAAUUUGUCAGCGAAGAGGCGGAUGAGAAGACCUACACGGACGCGCUCUUCCGCUGCAAUGGCACGGUUGGAUUGUGGCGGAGGUGUAUCACUGUACCCAAAAACUCUCACUGGUACAGCCCACCAGAAACUGAUAUGACUACAAACUGCAUCAGUUUUUCCCUCUCUGAUCAGUUCAUGGAGAAGUACAUAGAGCCUGGAAAUCACAAUAGUGGCACAGAUUUGAAUCGAACUUAUCUCUGGCGAUUACAGUUCCUCCUGCCCUUUGUCAGCCUUGGCCUCAUGUGCUUUGGGGCUCUGAUUGGGCUCUGUGCUUGUGCCUGCCGCAGCCUUUACCCUGCCAUUGCCACCGGAGUCCUCCAUUUCCUAGCAGGGCUUUGUACGCUGGGCCUGGUUGGCUGCUAUGUAGCUGGGAUUGAGCUGCUCCAUAAGAAGCUGCCCCUGCCUGAUGAUGUGAGGGGAGAAUUUGGCUGGUCCUUCUGCUUGGCCUGUGUCUCGGCACCUUUGCAGUUUAUGGCAGCUGCUCUCUUCAUCUGGGCAGCUCGCACCAACAGAAAGGAAUUCACUCUCCUGAAAGCCUACCGUGUAGCAUAAGUGCUGCUACUGAAGUAUUGCAUUUCCCUGUUAGAGCCUCUUCUCUCCCUAACCCUUACUACUUUUUUCUUUUAGUCAGAAUUUUACCCUGUACUGCGUGCUUCUUGCCAGCUGAGACUAUUUAGCCUGUAGGCGCUGAAGGCAAAGACCUCUGAGCUAAAUGACCCAACUGUGCCGGAAGUCUGUAGAACUUGAACAGGUUUUUUAAUUGGUUUGGGUUUUUUAAGAAUUAUUAUUAAUUCUUUUUUAAGCUUCAGUUGGUUGUUGACUGUCCCCUUGGUUAGAUGUACAUGCCCCCUCUUAAUUUUAUUACCCUGUCAGCCUGGAGGAAAUAGGAUUGGUGUUGUGGUGUGGAAGAGAGACAGAAAAAGGAAAGAUGCAGGUAGGCAAGAAGGAGAACUUUAGGGCACAGAUUAAUCAGGAGCUCUCUUCUGUGUGACCCAAGCAGGUAAUACCUACAGAGAGCCCCCAAGAGACAUGAGGGCACUCAGAAAUGUCUGUUAUGGAAAUAGAGUAGCUAAAUCAGUCCUGUAGCUUCGCUCUGGCUCUCUUCUCACUAGUUUGCUACUUUUUGUGGUGUCUGCCAAAAUUGAUGCAGGCAGAGCAGCUGGCUGUGGGCGGGCCUGCACAGCACACCAUCCCAAAGUGGGCUCUGUGCUUGCAUUUGCUGAGGAGUGGGAUAAGUUGGCCUCUGUGGAACUCUGGGCUGCUCUAGCUACACUGCUUCCAGGACUCAGGCUAGUUUGGUAUCUGCACUACAUGUGGUUGUGCACUCUAAUCUUAACUUGUGGUGCUUUUGCUUGCUGUGAAAUAAGACUUUUUCUCUCUCUGGUGUUGAAAAUGACCCUUUGUUUUAAUUUGGUUUAGUGUAUGUGUAUAUGUACAUAUAUAAACUUAGGGGCUUUUUUAAAGCUCACCUAUUUAUCCUAUAUAGCACACAACAGGGUUUUUUUAAAAGGUGCUGUUCUUUUCCCAUCUUGCCCAAAACCUAUGGUUUCAAUGAAAUAAUAAAAAAAAGCUCAUAAAUUCUCAGUGUUGUAUGAAUUGAUGGGAGGGUGAGGGAAUGGUCUAAAGCGAAUUUUAGUUGGGGAAAGAAAAGCCAGUGUCUAGAUUGUUCUCUGUUUUCAGGGAAAUGUCAUGAGAAACAAGGAUGUUUGGUUAGAUUUUUUUUUUUUAAUUCUUGGGCUCCUGCUAACUUUUAAAUUUUCUGCUCCUCAUCAUUGGGGGGCGCAACACCCCAUAAUUUCUGCUUAGUUCACAGCUUCUGCAUAUAUUUCUUCUAAACUCUGCAACUCUAGACAGACUGGGUGGCGUGUCUUAUCUAGAAAACAAUCUUUCAAGACUAAACUGUUUAAUUCUGAAGCCUUAACUCCCCUCGUUUCCUUACUCCAUGCUUAAUAGAAGUAUGUCUUAGAAGAAAUAAGUCCUGACAAAAUGAGUAAGUCUGAUGGUAGGGAUUCUGUGAGAUACUGUUGAAGAGAAUGACACAGAAUCAGGAAUUUUUGUCACAGCUGUUUGGUUUUU